CCCUAUCUACUAUGGAAAAGCCAAGAAACUUUCCAUGUCCACUCAAUUUUGUUACCUUUAAAAUUAGACUUCCUCAAAAUAAAUUUUUGUUACUCACCCAUCUUCAUCUUCUUCUCUCACUCCUCUCAACAACAUUAUUUUCUGCAUUGUCCACUUAGUUGGUUAGGAGGUGAACAUGGCUCAGAUCCUGGCUCCAUCUGCACAAUGGCAGAUGAGAAUGACAAAGAGCUCAACAGAUGCUAGUCCCUUGACUUCAAAGAUGUGGAGCUCUGUGGUGCUGAAGCAGAACAAAAGACUUGCUGUUAAAAGCUCUGCCAAAUUUAGAGUUUUUGCCCUACAGUCUGACAAUGGCACCGUGAACAGAGUGGAACAGCUGCUAAACUUGGACGUAACUCCAUACACUGAUAAGAUCAUUGCUGAAUAUAUUUGGAUCGGAGGGACUGGAAUUGACAUGCGCAGUAAAUCAAGGACUAUUUCGAAACCAGUCAAGGAUGCUUCUGAGCUCCCAAAGUGGAACUACGAUGGAUCAAGUACUGGACAAGCACCUGGAGAAGACAGUGAAGUCAUUCUAUAUCCUCAGGCAAUAUUCAAAGACCCUUUCCGUGGUGGUAACAACAUCUUGGUUAUCUGUGAUGCCUACACACCAGCUGGAGAGCCAAUUCCUACCAACAAACGCCAUAAAGCUGCUCAAAUUUUUAGCGACCCAAAAGUUGCAGCUCAAGUUCCAUGGUUUGGAAUAGAACAAGAGUACACCUUACUCCAGCCAAAUGUAAACUGGCCCUUAGGUUGGCCUGUUGGAGGUUACCCCGGACCUCAGGGUCCUUACUACUGUGGUGCUGGAGCGGAAAAGUCAUUUGGCAGAGAUAUAUCAGAUGCUCACUACAAGGCUUGCCUGUAUGCUGGAAUUAACAUUAGUGGUACUAAUGGAGAGGUUAUGCCAGGACAGUGGGAAUUUCAAGUAGGUCCUAGUGUUGGAAUUGAAGGUGGAGAUCAUAUCUGGUGUGCUAGAUACCUCCUCGAGAGAAUUACUGAACAAGCAGGAGUUGUCCUCUCACUCGAUCCAAAACCAAUUGAGGGUGACUGGAACGGGGCAGGAUGCCACACUAACUACAGUACACUGAGUAUGAGAGAAGAGGGAGGUUUUGAAGUUAUAAAGAAAGCAAUUCUGAAUCUAUCCCUUCGCCACAAGGAACAUAUAAGUGCUUAUGGAGAAGGAAAUGAGAGAAGGUUGACCGGAAAGCAUGAAACUGCUAGUAUUGACCAAUUUUCAUGGGGAGUUGCUAACCGUGGUUGCUCAAUCCGUGUGGGGCGUGACACUGAGAAGGAAGGCAAGGGUUAUUUGGAAGACCGCCGCCCAGCUUCAAACAUGGACCCCUAUGUUGUGACUGGAUUACUUGCUGAAACUACUAUACUGUGGGAGCCAACCCUUGAGGCUGAAGCUCUUGCUGCCCAAAAGAUCUCAUUGAAGGUUUAGAGUAUAUGAGGGGAAAUUGUUUUCAUAAUAAUCCUCUUAGAAUUUAUGAGAUAAGUUCUGAAGCUUGUACCUUGUUGAGGUUCCCUUAUUUGGGAAAAUCUUGUAAAGGAACCAAAAUUUACCAGUUCAUCCUAGAAAAUAGGUUUCUUAAGACAUGAGACUACUUUGGAGUUGAGGUGUAAUUGUUGGACUACUUUGAACAUCUUUACCUUUCUUUUCUCCAGAUGAAUCCAUUUCUCUGAAAUUCCAAUUGGUGUGCUCUUUCCGAA